AUCAUUAUCAUCAUCAGCGUGAAAAGUUCUCGGAAAAAUAAACGUGCAUCUUUCGUUUGCGGGUAUUAUUUCUGAAAAUUUCGUACGGAAAACAGUUCAAUUUCGGUUGAAAUCGGAUCCCGCCGCCAGACUUGAUCACCGACUACCGUUCCGCGAUGGAUUCCAGUGGCGAUAGCAUAGAAAAGCUGUACAAAAACUAUGAAAUCCUAACCGACGCCAAGGACAAAAUCGGCGAGCAUGAACUGGAAUAUCGGGAGAUUUUGGAUGCCGUGAAAGGUUCCGCCAAGGAGAAACGUCUGGCGUCCCAGUUUAUCGGAAAGUUCUUCAAGCAUUUUCCCAAUUUGGCCGAGUUGGCCAUCGAUCGGCAACUGGAUCUGUGUGAGGACGAAGACGCUCAGAUUCGAAAACAAGCAAUCAAGGAUCUGCCACAACUGUGCAAGGACACCAAGGAACAUACGCCGAAAAUUGCUGAUAUCCUUGCCCAGUUGCUCAUUACAGAGGAUGUAACCGAAUUGCAGCAAGUGCAUCAAUCGUUGCUAACUUUGGCAAAGUUCGAUGCCACCGGGACGUUGACGGGAAUCUUCAGUCAAAUUGUAUCGGGAGAUGAACCGACCCGCUAUCGGAACUUCCAGUUCAUUCUGAACAAACUGAUCAAGAUCGGACCGGAGGUCAUCACCAAAGAAGUGGAGGAUUUUGUCAUCGCUGAGAUUAAGAAAAUACUUCUGGACGUCAGUGCAGAUGAGUUCCAUCUUUGCAUGUCCAUUCUGAACCAGACUAAGCUGAGUAAAACCGUGACCGGUCAUGCCGAGUUGGUGGCCAUUGCCGUCGAGCAGGCUGACAUGGAAGCCGAUCUGGGAUCAUUGGCUUCGGAUGACGAAACCGUUGAGCGGUUCAUCCAGUGUGCCAGCGAGGCUAUGCCGUAUUUUUCGUCACAAGUUGAGUCAACUCAAUUUAUCAAGUUCAUGUGCGAGAAGCUAUUGCCUCUCAACGUUUGGAACUUGAUUGGAGCCGGCGAAGAUCAACACACCACCCAACUAAGACUGCUGAAGGUAUUUGCCGAGAUGUGUGCCUUCUGUGGAUCGUUGGAAAAACCGGCGGAGAAGGUGGAAGCCAUCUACAAUGUGCUGCUGGAAUACAUGCCUCUUCCGCCAGCGGAUGCCGACAUGAACGAAACACCGUCGUUCCAGUUUUCCCACGCCGAAUGUCUUCUGCAUGCUUUGCAUACGUUGGGAAAGCAAGCUGCUGAGUUUUUAACGUUCCCGGAAGAUGCCGCCAAGCUCAAGGACUUCCGUUCCAGACUACAGUACCUGGCACGUGGUACACAAGGAUAUAUUAAGAAACUACAAGAAUCUGUCAAGGGUAAAACAACGGAGGAAAUGAAAUCAGAAGAAAAUCAGAUCAAAGCCACGGCUUUGAAGACUACAUCUAACAUCAGCACUCUGAUUCGGGAUCUGUUCCACACCCCGCCAAGUUUCAAGUCGGUUAUCCAUUUGUCCUGGCUGCCACCCAAGUCCAAAGCUGUGGUGGACGCAAAAACUACAGCCAAGCGUCACGCCGCGAUCACUUUCGAGGAGAAUGGGAAAUCUCAUGACUCCAAGGGCCCCAAACAUGCCAAGAGCAGCUCAGGCACGCAGAAGGUUUACACACCACCUUCGGGCAAAUACUCCGGCAAGGUGCAAAACUACUCCACCAAAAAUGGAAGCGGAGGAGGCAGCAGCAACGGGGGACGGCGUUCCGGUGGCGGUGGCGGCAGUGGUGGCGGUGGGGGAUUCCGUCGGUCCAAUUUCGGCGGACGCUCGGGAGGCGGUGGCGGCCGAAGGAGGUAUUAGGCCCUGCGUCGAAGUGCAGCUUCGCAAACGGGUGAGGUAAUAUUGGGGCAUAAAAGUACGAAUACUCUAGGUUUCCUCUCAUUUCCCCAAGUCAUUUUACAUUCUAAUUUCCUUAAAAGUUAGGGAAUCUAUUUUCCCAUUUGGAUCCCUCUGUCUGGUAGUUUCUUUUGAUUCAUGAAUUCUUGAGAUAUUGGCUUUAUGUAAAUAGACACUUCUAGUGAAACGGCCAUGCAUGGAACAUUUGCACCUGGAUACAGCACGAGAUGGACAGCAAAAACCGUUAGCUGCAUAACUUUCUUCUUCCACAGGGUCAGCCGGAUUCGUCAAUCUGCAUCGUUUGCAUUAGUUCUUUAUGAUGAUUUUUGGCAUUUUGAAUUUUAUCUCUUCUCCAAUUUUCUGUCUCAUUUCACCAAACCUUUCCCCUCAAUUUAUGCCAUCCUUCCUGUAGGAUUCACCCUUUCAAAAAGUAUUCGUACUCUUCCCCAAACGUUCAAAUGUGUGCAAAGUAGAAGUUUUGAAAGAAACUGUUUUUCAACGUGGGACUUGAUAACCAGAGGAAUCGUGCUGGACAAUUUUAUCUAAGACAAGAAGAUAAUGAAUUUCUCCUUCUGCUACAUUUGAGGCAACCAUGAAAAAAGUGUGAGCGUACAAUUUACACGAUAUUCGAAUCGACGCUAGGGAUUGUUUGAGCAUUUGUCGAUCCAUUAGACGUGAGUCGGAAGUCUUAAGAGUAUCGUUUACCCGCAAACGUCUUAUGGAAUCUGUGCAUUACCAAACGAAUCCCUCGCCGAAACAACCAAAUUCCUUUCCAACAUGCAGUGCAGUAUAUAGAUGUAGAUGAGUAAAUACAAGGGCAUUUCGAGAUCCUUCGAGAAUGCCCCACAAAUAACAAUUUGAUGUCGGUGAGACAUAUUUCGAAAUAUUUAAAUCUAACGUUUCUUAUCAAAGCAUCGCACUUCUGAUAAUAUCCAACAUAUUUAAUAAACAAUCUAGUAAUUAAAUGAUUC